AGUUGGUAAUAAAGCUGGACCAGCACCAAAAUAGUUUGGUUCUUCACGAUCUAAAGUCUUGAACUCACUCAUACUGAUAUUAUAUGAUUUGACAAUUGUUAAAGUGUGUUGCAAAUAAUCAAAAAGAUCAAAGAUAAAUGUAAAAGAAGUUGAAAAAUUUAAAGUUGAUGAUGAUGAUCUCAAAAAUGACUCUUACUCACCUCACUCACAUCACAAAUUACAUCAACUAACAAAUUUUAGUUUUUGUGAUUUGUUUUGAUUUUUUUACAACAACAACAACAAAACAACAAGAAUCAAGAAGAAGUAACCAUACAACUGGGUACUUCUAGUAGUGGACAACCAUCAAGAUACAACUAUCAUAGAUGUCAGAACCAUCAUCGUCAUACUUGGAUACAGAACCCAUCCAUAAUGCUUCUGAUUUGAUCAAUUCUAUGCUAUUAUCAAGAGCUUAUAUCGAUGAUAAACUCAAGUUUUUAUCGAUAGAUUAUCCAGAUCUAUUAAGGGGGCAGUUUGAAUCAGAGGCUAUAGAACAGUUCAAGAUCAAUGAGACCGUGUAUGAAAACGAUAGAUCAACCAUUAAUAUAAUACAUUCACUUUUGAUUGCGUUGGAUCGAACUAGAAAUCAACAGAAAUUAUCAAAUCAUACUAUCUUACAAAAGGAAGCUCAAAUUAAGAAAUUGACAGAGAAGAAUGAACAAUUGGAAAAGUCAUUAUUAAAGAAUGAAAAGGAUUUAAACAAAUUGAUUCAAUUCGAACAAAAUGAUUUAAAUAAACAAAUUGGGUCUUUAAAUAAAAUCAACAAAUUACAACUUAAUGAUUUGAAUAGACUAAAGCAUUGGUCAACCAGUUUACAAAAGAAAUAUAAAAUUGAAUUGAAAAAGAAAUCACUUGAGAUUGAAGAAUUAAAAGCCAGACUACUAGAUAAGAGGAAUUUAUCAUCAGUUAUCAAAUAUGGUAUACCAUUAAGUUCAACUCCUUUGGAGGAUUUAACUACCAAUAAUACUACCAAUACCAUAACAACAACAUCAAUCAACUCCAAUUUAAUCUAUAAUAAUACCCCUAUAAUUGAUAAUACUGAAUCAACUCCCAUCAAACCAAACGAAGCAAUAAUAAAUCAAGAAGUAAAUGAAUUAACCUCCAAUCUAACAUCAAUCAUUGAAUCAAUAGCUACAGAAAAUUAUAAAUUUACUAAAUUUAUUGACUUAAUAAAUGAAUACUAUAAUCAAUUCAAUUCAAAUCUAGCUGAUUUUAAUCGAGAUAAAUCAAUUAUUAACUUACCUAAUCCAUCAGAUAUAGUUGAUUUACAAGAAUUUGAUCAUAUAAAUCAUGAUAUCAUACAACAAUACUUCAAUGAUUUAAAAUCAUUUGAAUUAAUUUCAAAACCAAUAUUAAAUAAUAUUUAUAAAUUUUAUCAUAACAUUUCUGAUAUUUUAUUUAUCCAUUCUCAAAUCGAUGAUAAUGAAUCAAAAAUUGAAGAUGAAUCAUCCAAAUUAAACCAAUUGGAAAAGGAAUUAGAAAUAAUGACUCAAAAUUGGAAAGAUGCUUUAAAGACAGCUGAAAAUUGGAAAAAUAUUCAUCAGAGAUAUAUAGAAAAUAAUUAGUAGUAGUUAUUAUAGCAAAUAUUAUAAGCACAUUUAU